GAGACUUUAUUAUUAUUAUUGUUUUCUGUACCUUCCGCCAGCCGAGCCCAGAAUGUCCGAGGCCGCGCCCGCCGCGCCCGCCGCGCCGGCCCCCGCCGAGAAGACGCCCGUGAAGAAGAAGGCCCGCAAGUCCGCAGGCGCCGCCAAGCGCAAGGCGUCCGGGCCGCCGGUGUCCGAGCUCAUCACCAAGGCCGUGGCCGCCUCCAAGGAGCGCAGCGGCGUGUCCCUGGCCGCGCUCAAGAAGGCGCUGGCGGCCGCCGGCUACGACGUGGAGAAGAACAACAGCCGCAUCAAGCUGGGCCUCAAGAGCCUGGUGAGCAAGGGCACCCUGGUGCAGACCAAGGGCACCGGCGCCUCGGGCUCCUUCAAGCUCAACAAGAAGGCGGCGUCCGGGGAGGCCAAGCCCAAAGCCAAGAAGGCGGGCGCGGCCAAGCCCAAGAAGGCUGCCGGGGCGGCCAAGAAACCCAAGAAGGCGACGGGGGCCAGCACCCCCAAGAAGAGCGCCAAGAAGACCCCGAAGAAGGCGAAGAAGCCCGCGGCGGCGGCGGCUGCGGGCAAGAAAGUGGCCAAGAGCCCGAAGAAGGUGAAAGCGGCCAAACCCAAGAAGGCGGCUAAGAGCCCCGCCAAGGCCAAGGCCCCGAAGCCCAAGGCGGCCAAGCCCAAAGCUGCCAAGCCCAAGAAGGCCUCCAAGAAGAAGUAAGCGUAUGGGUUCGUCGAGAACGUCGUAAAGGCUCUUUUCAGAGCCACCCACCGGCCUCGGGAAAAGAGCUGUGGCACCGUGCGGACGCAGGGGGCGUGGCGGACAGAGAGCACUGCAGCUGGGGGGCGCCCCUUACGCAAGGGACGCAGGUCACAAGAGAGACGCCUAAGUGCACUGCGGGCGGUGAGAAUUAUUAGUAGGGGUUGGAAAGUCUGGGGACUAUUUUUGGCACUAAUUCCCCCUCCCCAACGUCCGAUGGUUCGAAAUGGCCCACACUCCACGCGAAGGCAGGAGUAAUUGCGGGGGGGAGGGGAUAGCUCAACUGCACGCUAACCCAGCCCUGUUUAGGGAACCCUGGUUGUGUUGUGUACGAUUUGCCCACUUUGAAAUUUGCACUUGACGAGCCAGUGCCAUGCUUAGGUUAGGAAAAUACUUUAGCCACCGCGGCUUUUCUGCACCAUCUCCUGGUAGAAAACCAAGACACGAAGGCCAAGUCCAAGGGUUCCCUAGCCAAGCAUACUGCAGAAACCCAGGUUCCUUCCAACUCCAGCAUCUAGGACGUCAACACGC